CUUGCCUACGCUCACGUCAAUGAUGAGCUUCGAGCCUCUUUGCCUGGCUUCAUGCGUGCCCGCUCUUGUCCGUGGUCGCUGAGCGCCCGUGAGGACUGGGUGUGGUGCGUUUACGAUCGACCUCUCGAGGCGCCUCCACUUCCACUAAGUUCAGUCCUCCCGCCAGGACCUUCGCUAAGCGACCAUGGAACCGGUCCGCUUGGUGCUUCAUCAGCUGCCUCCGGUCUGUUGCCAUCCAUCGUACUCGGCUCCUCUUGCAUUACUGCGGCAGUUAAUAGAUCUACUGUUGGAGGAGGUGGUGGCAUCGGCAGUGAGACGGGUAGUUGCGGCUCCACCAGCCCAACAAGUCUUGGCUCGACCAAUGAUGCCGGCCAGCUGUUGCAGCACCAGCUCCACCAGCCUGUACUGCGACUGGCGACGCGGGCUCGGGAGCGUGAUAGGAUUUUACUUGCUUCAAUCGCGGCUGGUACUGCUGGUCCCGGUUUUCCGGGCCAUGCUGGAUUGUUGCCCAGCAGUCUAGCUUUGGGGCUCGGUGGACCUGCCAAGCGAUCUGGCUACGCCUCAGUUGCCGGCGAUCCGGUCGCCUGGAGAACACUGGGAGCUGGAAACGGCCUGUCGCCGGGUGAGCGGGCCGCCAAGCGACACCAGAUGAUGCAACAUCAUCAUAACCACCAGCAACAUCAGCAACAGCAUUUGCUAGCACCAUUUCCUGUUCAGCCAGCUUCAACACAAUCGGUUUACACUUCGAGGCGCUUAUCUUAUGGCCGUGCAUUUCAAUCAAGCGGGCGGAAGCGUACUUACCAGAAUAGCUAUUCUGCCCUCCUUGGUUCGGGCCAUGAAGUAGCAGAGGGGGCCCACCAUGCAGAGACCUCGGAACUAUCGGACAGGCGUUCUGAAGAGGUAGAGUCUCCUUUCAGGCGUACUCUUUCGCCUUCCACGGCUUCCUCUUCUUUACUCGGCUCACAUAGACUCGGUGCCGGCCAUUGGUCUCGGAAGCGCCAGUUAUGGCCAUUAGGGGCGGGCUUACAACCUGCUAGGCGAUCCAAUUUGGACGGGGACGUUCACUCUCUUUCACUUCUCCCGCUGACUUCGGCUUCAGCCCUAUCUCUAUCAUCCCAGCACGUCUCUCCUCCAUCGCUUCCUCUUGCCCCCGUCUCGAGUGAUGCCGAAGUGAAGCCCGCUCUUGGUCGGGCCACCACUUCUCAAAUGGCACGCCCAUCAAUGCCUCCUCCCCCAGCUGCAUUUCUGCGUCCACAACAACAGCAUCAUCACCAGCAGCAGCAUUUACCUUCAGCUGAGGGCCCGGCUGAGCAAGUAGCUAACUCACUCACCGCUUCCGGAAUCCUUUCGAGCCCCGCUCACAUGACUAGUGGAUCAUCAUUGCUUCCUACAGGCUGCUCAAACGAUGCUGGACGUCCUAUUUCUUCUUCUUCACCUUUAGCUAUUGUUGACUCUACAAUACCUAAUUGCCGCCUUCCUGUUCGUCCUGGUUCAGUGGCGUCACCAACACAGUCACUCUCUACACAACACCUUUCUCAUCCCCCGCAUCACUCUCACCAUUCUCAACAACAUCAGCAUCAUCGUUCUUCAGCUCACCCUCUUCAACAAACAAGUCCUAAGCACCAAAAUCAUCAAGCCGAUAUACAAUCCACGCAAAGUCAGCAUCAAUCUACCCAACUGCAACAACGUCAACAAUAUUCCCAGCUCACAGGAGAUCGGCUCUAUCGUUCGUCUGGACCAGGAGUCGCCUUGCUUCGGACUCCCCCUGGUGGGGCUUCAUCCCAACAGGACUCCAUUCACCACCACCACUCCCAGCAACAACCAAGUGUUUCUGUCCCUGUGGCCGAUAUUGAAGGGCUUCGAGCCCCUAACUCUAAUGACCCACCCGACCGGACUGGAUGGGAACGGGAAGCUGAGGAAGAGGAAAUGGAUGAAGAAGGCGAAGAAGAGGAAGAUAGCGACAACUUUUCAGACGGACUCUGA